AUGAAGCCCAUGGUCCGGGGUGGACGGACCCACAGGUGGAGACUGUUCGCUCCCCACAUCACAGCCUGGGAUCGGCCUCGCGCCACCACUGCAGGAAGUGACUGAGUUCACUCCGGGACAGUAGUUCUCAGCCAGGCCCUAGAUGCUGCCUGGCACAUAGCCAAGGGCUCUGUGAUGAUGGCCGUGUCGCCCCUGGUGGCCACCCUCUGUUACUUCGGGAGGCUGCAGUUGUAUUUAGGACACCGGCUGAAAUGGUGGAUUGGCUAUCUGCAGAGAAAAUUCAAAAGGAACCUCAGUGAGGCUGAAGUUGAUCUGCUGAGUUAUUGCUCAAAAGAAUGGAAAGGAGAAACGCCCUGUGACAAACAGAGGAGGAAGCAUAUGAGAAAGCUUCUUGGAAAACCGCUGUUUUCACAAGAUUGUAAUUGGAUCCAGCAGUAUAGUUUGGGUCCUGAGAUGUAUACAGGUGCAAAUGUGUUUGGAAAAGUACGUGAAUGUGUAGAAUUGUUGAAAAUGCAGUGGACUGAAUUUAGUGGAAUUAAGGAUUAUCACAAGAGAGGCAGCAAGUGCAACAUCCUUUUUGCUUUAUUUUGUUUUGUUUCCAUCCUGGAACACAAGCUUAACGAAGCUUUCAAGUUCAUCAUGCUGAAUCAAGUCACCGAAGUUUAUGAACAAAUGAAGACUAACAAGAUCAUUCGCAGUCUUUCUAGGCUCUUGUUUCCCAGAGAGGCAUCAUCAGAUCCUUGGAGCUUCAUGAUGAGUCACCUGAAUUCUGUAGGUGACGUGUGUGCAUUAAAGCAGAUGGAUAUGUUCAUACUGGGCUACUCCCUUGAAGUGAAGAUAAAAGUGUCCUGUCUGUUCAAGUUCAACUCCAGAGACUUUGCAGUGUGCUACCUGGAGGAGCCUCACCAGGAGCAGCCUGAGAUCUCCCUGCUGACUGAAAUCGACCGUCACUACCACAUUCCUGUCUUUCAAAUCUGCCAUGAGCUGGGCACCAGCUCUUGCCAGUGA